AUGUUGAGCACUUUUUGUACGUUGUUAUGGUCAACAUUCUCUUCGGGUCAUGAUGUUCCAUGGGUUGUCUUUCUAUCAUUUCCUCUUUCAACAGUCAUAGAAUCAUUGGCGGAACCCUUUGCUAUAAUAUCUUUGCGCCAUGGAAUUGAUCGUGAAGCACUGUCAACAUUGUGCACUUUAUUUGGUCAUUCCGUUUUGAAGCAACUGCUGACUGAUGGGAGUGCGUAUGUUAUGACUUUUACGGAAAUACUUUCGUUGAAGACUCAAGCCGUCUAUGAUGCCGUCGAGAAAGUUGGCAGUCUGGUAGCGCGAAUUGUAUUGGCACCUAUGGAGGAGAUGUGUUUUGCUUAUUUUUCCAACACAAUCCGUCAGAAUUCAAAAGUGUUUAGCAAAAGUACGGACACGGGCGAGUCAUUGAUUUACAACUUCAGCACUGUUCUUCAUGCCACUUCUGUCAUUGGAUUGGUUGUUUCAGUUUUUGGGGUGCCAUAUUCCCCUUUAGCUGUGUCUAUGUAUGGUGGACAUCUUCUUUAUGACAGCGGAGGUGCAAUAUUAUUAUCACUCUAUUGUGUAUAUCUAUCAAUUAUGGCCAUUAAUGGAAUCACGGAAUGUUUUGCAAUGGCAAGUAUGAAUAAUGCACAGGUGUUUUCUCAUGGAGGUUUUUUACUCAUAUCAGCAAUCGCUCAUCUUGGUUUGAGUUUCAUUUUGUGCUCCUAUUUAAAUGCAGCAGGAUUUAUUGUUGCCAAUUGUAUCAACAUGUUUUUCCGUAUCGGGUACAGUUGGCGACAUAUUUGCUCAUUUCUGGGUAACAAGAGUCCUUCCGUAACUACUGUUUUACCGACCUUCUCUACAAUCGUUUUUCUAUUUUUUGCACUAAUGGCGACGUUGUUCACACUUUUGGUGAGUUGGUCCAAAUUUAUGAAACACUCGGAAAGAGCUCGUAUAGGUGAAUAA